GAAAAGUGAAAAUUCGGUGGAAGUGAUGAGAUGAGACUGAGAAUGGACGAAAGGAGGCGUGGUGGGUGCAGACGGCGCAUAGUAGCAACCAAGAGUGACACUAACAAUGGUGACAAAUACCCCAAUCUCAACAUCAACAGCGUCAUCAAGAAGCUUCAAUCACGCGAGAUUUCUUCAAAACCUCACCGUGCUUUUGUUGCUGCUACUGCUCCACAUAGAUUCCAGAACAUGCGUUUGACUCAUCAAUUUGAUACUCAUGACGCUAAACACCGUUCUUCUCCUAAACCUUUCUUGCCGUUCUUGAUGAAAAGGACUAAGGUUGUUGAGAUCGUUGCUGCUAAGAAUGUUGUCUUUGCUCUUGCUCAUUCUGGUCUUUGUGCUGCUUUUAGUAGAGAAACAAAUGAGAGGAUUUGCUUUAUGAAUGUUAGCCCUGACGAAGUUAUCCGCAGUCUCUUCUAUAACAAGAACAACGAAUCACUUAUUACAGUGUCUGUUUAUGCUUCAGAAAAUUUCAGUUCUCUGAAAUGCAGAUCUACAAGGAUUGAAUACAUAAGGAGGGCUGAGCCUGAUGCUGGUUUUCCUCUUUUCCAGUCCGAGUCUUUAAAAUGGCCUGGAUUUGUGGAAUUUGAUGAUGUUAAUGCAAAGGUUCUAACAUACUCUGCGCAAGAUAGUAUAUACAAGAUCUUUGACCUUAAAAACUACACUAUGCUAUACUCAAUUUCAGAUAGGAAUGUUCAAGAGAUCAAGAUCAGGUUUUGUUGAGAAAGAAAACUGGCUGGAGACAAAAGGCUCUGGGGAAAUAGGCUAAGGUUGAGAAUUGGUUAUACAUGUUUUGUUUUGGGACAUUUUGUGCAUUCAAUAAUCAAUAGUUAUACUACUAUUUUUCUCGUUCCAAUUUCCUGUCUCUUUCUCU